CAGUGCAGCCAUGGCCUCCCUUCAGAUUCUCCUGAUGUACUUGUGUUUGGUGACGAUAGGAGCGGGUCUCAGUUGGGCUUCUGCUCAACACCUCAACUCAACGCAUCCAUUCACAAUCCAGCCUCGGGUGAGAUAUGACAAGUCAUGCAGGUGUGGACAGAAGGAAGAAUCCAGGAUCGUAGGAGGUGCUAAUGCCGAGAUCAACGAAUGGCCAUGGCAAGCUGCUCUCAUGAAAGGGGCCGAUCAGUUCUGUGGUGGCUCUCUCAUCAAUGAUAGAUACAUCCUUACUGCAGCCCACUGCACAGAAGGAUUAAGGCCCAGAGAUCUGACAGUACGACUGGCUGAACAUCGGCUUAGUACUUCCGGAGAAACAACACUCGUCACUCGAAGUGUUGCAGAAAUUAUUGAACAUCGGAGGUAUAUUCCUGGAGACGAAAUCAAUGACAUCGCCCUUCUCAAACUAUCAUCGAGUGUAGAGAUGAGUAGCACAGUACUGCCAGUAUGCAUGCCGCCCCGAUCGCCACUCUAUACAAACAGAGAGGCAACUGUUACUGGAUGGGGAUACACAAGUGACGGAGGGAAGCCUUCCGAUACCCUGAAGGAAGUCACGGUAAAGGUUAUGUCAAAUAAUGUUUGUAGGCGCCGAUCUUACGGCAGCGCUAUCAAGAAGACAAUGUUAUGCGCUGGCGCCAGUGGAAAGGACUCUUGCCAAGGAGAUUCGGGUGGACCACUGGUCUUCAAGGAUGCAGGUGGAAAUUAUGACCAGAUCGGAGUUGUGAGCUGGGGUUACGGGUGCGCUGAAGAAGGAUACCCAGGUGUCUAUACCCGAGUAAACCAGUACCUCAACUGGAUCAAAGCCAACACAGCUGAUGGAGUAUACUGCAAAGGAGCUGUUCUCUAAGCAACGGAGCAGUUGCAGAAUCAGGUUUAAUUUGAACAACUAUCGAAAUAUACUGCACUUCUAAAUCAGGAUAUCUUGAAAAAUAUGUAAAAUAAAAGCCAGAACCUCUGUAACAUUUUGCGCUUUAGGAAACUGAUUAAUGAAAAAAGUAGUCUCUAUCUUUAUUCUACUAGUUGUUUAUAUUGCCUAUUUCUUGAUUGUUCCAAAUGCCUGAGAGAUUGGGGAAAGAGCAAAUACUGAAGUCACUGAAGCUACAAGAAUAGAGUUUCAUUAACACAGAGAAAGGAAUCGACAAAAACAAAAAUAUAUUUGCAUUUCAAUCUGAAUGCUAUCUUUAAUUAAAAUUUAUUUGACUGAAUUUAAGCUUUCAACAAACUUAAGAAUAAAUGAUUAUAAGGUUGCUGAAGUGUCAGUAUACAUGAAUGAUGUAUUCUUUCUGCAAGGGGAGAGAGAGAGAGAGAGA